GUAUUGGAUAUAUUUACUGUGCUCUGUUCUCCGCCUUAGUGAGUGUGUGUCUAUGUGUUUGGUGUUUCUAGUUAUUGAACUCCACAAUGUCUGGGGAUCAACAUCUAACAACAUAUAACUUAAAGGAGAUAUAAGAAUGGAGAGAGUGCUUUGAUUACCAAAGGUUAUGUAAUGAUACCGCUGCUGGAAGAAAACUGUGGACUUAAUAUUUCCAUAAUUGAUUCAUUAGGCAGAUUGAAUUCACGGAUAUUUGUGCAUUAAAAAGUCUUAGGAGACAAUGCUGUUACCCAGCCAAUCCAUGUACAUCUUCUCCUGUUUCGUGUCAGCCGUGGGUCUGGCUCUAGUCGUCGUCGGAGUGACCACCCCUGUCUGGACGUACGCUGAAAUCACAAAGGACAAUAAGACGACAAAGUACUCUCAAGGACUAUGGCAGUCGUGUGAGGAUGGCGUGUGCCAGACCAUCACUAAGACAGGACCAGCCACCAUGAUGUCCUGUAAAGUCCUGUCUCUGAUCUCUGCUGUGUGCGCAUUGCUGUGUUUCACACUUCUAAUGAUACACUUGGUGAAACAAAUUUGUAAAAUACCAUCACCUCAAUGUUACUUUGCUUUGGCCAUGGUGGCUGGGGGAUGUAGCGCCGUGUUCAUCAUCAUCUCUGUGUGUAUCUGGCGAGCUGAAUACUUUGACGAGGAAGAUAAUAUUUACGUUGGAUACUCUUUGAUACUUCCUAUUGUAGGAGGGAUACUGGUAGGCUUAUCCGGUGGCGCAGGCGCCUUCUCAUCACGGAACUAUACAGCACCUAGGAUCAAAUGAGCCAUCGGCUGAACAGGCUCUGAACAGAGUCUUAUUCUUUAGACCACAUUAUUUAUGCAAUCUCAAGUCCUCGAUGCUGAUACACAGUCGUUGGACUGUAGCUCCAGACGGCUAUUAAAACUCAGCCGUUCUAGGCGUUUUAUAUUGUUACUACAGAGCUUAAAGACAAUAGGAACACACUUUUUUUUUAAACAAAACUGAAAGUAAAAGCUUUCAACUUCAAUGUUCGUGUAAUUAAAGCGCAACUAAAAUAUUAUCUUGACAAAUUUAAACAAAACACAGUGCACUCUAAAAAAAAUACACAUCACGGUGUCACAAUCUACAGGUUGUUACUUUAACUAUAGAUUGCAAUAUUUUACUUCUGAAGUAAUCAACGACAGACUCCGCCGUGGCUACAUCAGAAUCUUUUCAGCCAAACGAAAUAAAUGACCCGCCUUGUACUCAUGAUAUCAUCAGAAAUACGCACACACAAUACAUAACACUGCUAAUCAUGCGAUGACUGUAUAGAUUGAAAAACAAAACCAUUGUGAGAUGGUGUGCAGUACAAGACAUUCAUUGCCCUUGACAUUACUGUUGUUGCUGUUUUACAGUUUACUCAGAAAUAAGUCGAAGAGUUACCGGUGAAUGAGUUCAGAGUUACCGUUCUUCCCUAUCUUGUUUAAUCUAAUAUUUGAAUUUUUAAAUCGCGUGCAUAUCCCGUGUCGAGAGGGACAGGAAGUGUGGUAAUGAACCAUGGUCACGUGAUGAGCAUCUGAAUCAUUCUUACUGACCCUUGUUUCUUUCAGACCAAUAUUGAUUUCUUUUGCUUUUUUUUGAAUUAAUUAAAUUGUGCUUUGAGUAUGCUAUAUUUAUUUAUUGCUGUGAUAGUUCAGGACGAAACAAUGGGAACUAACUCUUUACAAUCCUGUUAUCUAUAUUCUCAUCAAGUGCAAGGGUAAGAGAGAUAUGAUUUGAUUUUGAUUUUUCGAAAAUUUCUGACCAUGUCGUGUCCGUUCAUUGUUUAAGGAUUUUUUUUUCCUCUACUCAGUAAAAACAGAAUUGCAUUGAAAAGAUUUCAUUUCGAUAAAUGAGUAGCCAUAGCCCAGGCAAAUCUGUUGCCAUAACAACCAUAACAAUUUUGUUCUGAUAUUUGUCCUUAUCGUUAGACAAUGAAUGCUAGCUGAACGAAGACAAUAAUUAUUUAUGACGUCAAUAUCCCAAACAUUGGCCAGUCCCUUCCGGUAUUUGUUCACAAGCAAUAAAACGGCUCUUGACGUGAUGCUUAGUGUCGCAGGAUGGCGCUCAGACAUGCAGAGUUCAUAUUAGGACGAUCGUAUUCAAGAGCAGAAGACUGUCUAUGUAAAUACAAACUUAUUUAUAUCUUGUUGAACAUUUUUUUUUACUGAUCAUGUAACUGAAACAUAAGUCUUUCUGUAAAUAUUUAUUUGUAUUUAUUUUUGCAUGUAAAAACUCGGCAUUAGAUAUUGCACAUACAUGCCAAUAUUUUCUCUACGCUAGUUUCAUUUUUUUUACUGCUUUUUUUUUCUGGGUUUAUAAUGUGAAUGUGUACACCUUAACUAAAUUCUAACACAUGGGGUGCACACGUCUACCACAAGAAUAUUCUUGAUGACCUCUCAACCUUAUAAUCAUGAAACUUCCUUCAUUAAACGAUGAGAUCACUGAACGUUUGAACCCACCAAACAGUAGAUGUUCCUUGUCUGAGAAUUACAGAUAGUGAAGAAAUGACCAUGGUAUGGAAGCUUCAAUGAAGCAAGCACAAAACCGGCGACCUUGACCCAAUAGACGUAGAAACAAGGACUAAGACGUUUGAUAUAUGUGUGUGUGUGUCUGUGUGUGUAUUUUUACUAAGCUUAUAUCAACUCACUCUGUAUGUCUGUCUGUCAAAAAGUUUGUAAACGUUAUUUCUCCCCCACCCAGUCUCAGAUUUUGCACAAUUAUUUCUUUUCACCUGACAAAACAAGAAUCAAUAAAACAAAAAAUUAUCAAUAAGUUAAUUAACUGUAGGUAAUUAAUUACUUGGUUUGGUAGCUCGAAAAAGGGAAAGAAACAGAUAUUCAGCUCAUUCCCCCCCCCCCCAUUUUUUUAAAUUUUUAAAAUGGUUUUUAAUUGUUAGUGUAGGUCUAUUACAAAUUUAAUUACAUGACUCAUCCAAACUAAUUGAUAAAACUAUGCUUAAAUAUAAGCUUUCUUUUUUAAAAAGUCUUUUCUUGUUCUGACUACAUAAUCUCUUCUUUCUGACAGUCAAGUAAUAGACCCACCAAACUAGCUAUAUAAGUAGACUGGCGCUAUUUUUUGUAGGGUUUUAACAGUUUGUCUUACCUUUAUAUUGAUUGAAACAUUUUUUUAGACAUACAAAGCAACAAUCAUUUUGACAAUAUCCAUUUUAGGGAGUUUUGUUCGUAAUUACCUAUGUUCUUUCUUUCUUGUGCUAUAUUCAGUUCAAUUUCUUUCCAAAACGAUAUGUAUUUAAUUGAUCUACUAUGUCUAACAUAACAUGCAUUAUUACGAUUGUAUCUUUUUAUUUAUACAUUUAUGACGUAUUCAAUUGUAGAAAGUGUUUUUCAUUAAACAAUGUUAUUAUGAUAAGAAAUAAAAUAUAAUGAUAUAUUUCAA